AUUCAUUCAUUCGGCGUCCUCAUGAACACACAGGGCAUUCAUUCGGACGAGACUAGCAGCACUGCAAGACACCUCGCAGCGACCAGGGCGGCUGGUCCGGCUCACCAAGGUUUCCCUUGGCUACUCCUGGCUUUCACAUGCCCCGUAUAUUUUACAAGCGAGGGGGGAAAAAGUCGCCGGCGCCCUACUUGAUACCCGCCGGGCUGCGAGCGGUGUGGCGUGUCAGGUUGGUGUCUAUGGGGGUGCGUGCACGCGUCUCUCUGUGCUCUGUGUCCGUGUCGUGUCUGUGUCGUGUCAUGUCGUGUCCCCGGUGGAGCCGCCCAUACAUACAUACAUAAAUGUGUACACACGCAUAUAAUACACAUCGCACGCAGAGACGAACGUGUGUGAGUCGAAUGAAUGACGGUGUGUCUGCAAUCCAUCUACACGUGGUCAUUGAAGGUGGUGUCGUGUCGUGGCGUGCAGUGACGUGUGGAUGUCUGAAGAGACACGCAGGAUUAGUUCACGUGAAGCGUCUGUCUUUUUCCUCUCGUUGUGUACAGAAUGUUCAUGCUGUGUGCGCCUGUGUGUGCAUGUGUCGGCUGGCUGCGUGCGGACCUAUCUUGAACUAUCAUAGACACACGUGCUCUCAAUCUCACCAAGGAAGGUGUCAUGUGCAUGCCGCACCCAUACUACUCAUUAAGGAAAACCAGUAAGGCAUUCGAAAUGUUUCAGCAGACAAAAGGCAGGUAGAUGGGCUGGCAAGAACUAAUUGCUCAAGGGGCGGGGCCUUGUCUGUCUGUCUGUCUGAUCGACUGACUGAUGUGUGUCUUACAUACUGGUGUCCUCGAUGACCUCCCGCAUGACGGCGUCGAUCUCGUCGAUCGCCCCUUGCAGGAGCCUCUUGCAAGUCAGCCGGUACUCAAUAGCCACACGCAUGUUGAUGCCCAGCGACUUGUCCUCGCGCAGCCGCCUCUCGUCCUCCGCUAUGCUCGUCCGCUUCCUCAAGGACAGCAGAUGUCUGAUGACCCCCUGCACACACACACACACACACACAGAGAGAGAGAGAGAGAGAGAGAAUGAGGCGACACUAGUCUGGUGUGUCUACACAUGCGCCGAUCGGUGUGUGGCGGUUCGUACCUUAACGCUUUUGAGUGCAUCCAACUCGACCUGCUUGUCGGCCAACCGCCCCCUCCGGAGGUCACACAAGGCAUCCAACUCGGCCCGACAGAGACCCACCAU